AGAUAAAGCUAAUUAUUGGCAUUUGUCAAACAGCUGAAAUUGAAGAGGCAGAAAAAAAGUAAAUUUUCGUAUACUGUUUAUAUGUGUGCAACUUGUUUUAUUUAUUAAAAAUAAAUUAAUUGUGAUGGAUGAAAUACUACUUCCAACAACAACUGUCUCAACUAAGCCAACAACAAAUUUAAGUUCGCAAAAGCAAACCGAACACGAUGAAGUCGAUUUAAAGUUAUUUGACAAAGCAAAGAGCAGCAGUGAUAUGGAAAAUCGGACACGAGAUUUUGAUGGUGAUGGCAAUGCCAAUAGCGAUCACUCUGGUGAUGAAUGUGCUAACAAGGUACGUUUUCAAGAUGAGCUUGGACUGGAUAUGAAGGAGCUGAAAUCGGAAGGUACAGAAUUAAACGAUGAUGCGCCAUCUAAAAAACAAAAAACCAAAAAGGAGUUGGAGGAAGAAGAACGUGAAAAAAUGCAAGUGCUCGUUUCCAACUUCACAGAAGAGCAGCUCGAUCGCUAUGAAAUGUAUCGCCGUUCGGCAUUUCCCAAAGCCGCAGUGAAGCGGCUCAUGCAAACCAUAACCGGCUGCUCCGUAUCACAAAAUGUCGUAAUUGCUAUGUCGGGUAUAGCGAAGGUAUUUGUUGGUGAAAUUGUGGAAGAGGCUUUAGACGUUAUGGAGGCGGCGGGCGAGACUGGGGCUUUGCAGCCCAAGUAUUUACGUGAAGCGGUACGCCGCUUACGACAACGUGGCCGUAUGCCUAUAGGGAAAUUUCAAAAACCAUAUUUUCGCUUAAAUUAAAGGCAGUUUUCUGCACAAAUACGAUAAAUUUUAAAGUUAAUUUAGCAUUUUGUUAAAGUUUAGUUGUAAGUCGAGGCAUGAAGAUGUAUAAAUGUAAAUUAGAAAUAUUAGCGAAGAAAAAUGUAUGUAAUGUAUAUAAAAGUCAGUAAAAUGUAGACGUGUAUGCAUUUGUAAUAUAAAGAUCAUUUCUUA